UCACAUGAAAUCAUAGGUGAAGGAUUGAGCGUUUGGUUUGCCGUCGAUGCAGUCGGCUCAGAUUAAUGUUACGGUUUGGGGGGUAAGAAAAAGAGAUGGAAGGGAACAGGGACGAAGCAGAAAAAUGUAUCAAUAUAGCAACGGACGCACUCGCAGCGGGUGAUAAAGACAAGGCCGUUAAAUAUCUUAAUAAAGCGGAAAAACUGUAUCCGACCAAGAAAGCGAAAGUGCUGCUGGAUGCUCUGAUGAGGAAUGGCAGCGCUGCUGGGAAUGGCACGUACUGCAGGAGGCGGGAAGACCGCUCCGAGAGCAGCCAGUCCCAGCCGGAGAAGGGCAGCCAGGACACAGGAGGUGGAGGAGGCGCGGAGGCAGCUAAGAGCUUCAGCAGAGACCAAGUGGAGGGAGUGCAGAAGAUUAAGAAGUGCAAAGACUACUAUGAAGUGCUGGGUGUUGUUAAAGAGGCCAAUGAGGAUGACCUGAAGAAAGCCUACAGGAAGCUGGCUCUCAAGUUUCACCCAGACAAGAACCACGCCCCUGGAGCAACAGAGGCCUUCAAAAAGAUCGGCAAUGCGUAUGCGGUACUCAGCAACCCGGAGAAGAGGAGGCAGUACGACCUGACGGGUGGGGAGGAGCCCGCCAGCCAGGGCCACGGGCACGGAGGGUACGACUAUCACCAGGGGUUCGAGCCCGACAUCACGCCCGAGGACCUGUUCAACAUGUUCUUCGGGGGCGGAUUCCCCUCAUCGUCUGCGCACACUUACACCAACGGCAGAGCGCGGUUCAGCCAGCAGCAUCCCAGCCAGACCCGCCGCGAAAGGCGUGAGGAGAGAGACGGUGGCUUCUCCAUGUUCAUCCAGCUCAUGCCCAUCUUGGUGCUGAUCGUGGUGUCCAUUUUGAGUCACCUGAUGGUGUCAACUCCCCCCUACAGCCUGUACCCCCGAUCGGCCACAGGGCAGAGCGUCAAACGGCAGACGGAGAACCUCCACGUCAGUUAUUACGUCACCAGAGACUUCAAAUCAGAGUAUAAGGGCUCAGAUUUGAAGAAAAUUGAGAAGGAAGUGGAAGAGGACUAUAUCUCUAAUGUCAGGAAUAACUGCUGGAAAGAGAGACAAGCAAAAAAUGACCUGAUGUACGCCGCCAGAGUCUACAGAGAUGAUCGACUGCGCAAGAAGGCCGAGCAAAUGAACAUGGACAACUGCAAAGAGCUGGACAGAUUAAACGACCUGUACAGAGGGGGAUGAGCCUGCUCUUCCUGGAUCUUCUUUUAGAGCAUAAAUAUAUAUAUAUAUAGAAAACAAAUAGGUAUACUUUUUUUAAAAGAAUAAUAUGAACAUAGAUAUGAAGAAAAACAUGAAACAAGCCUUAUGGUGGAAGCUGCUCUCUUUUGCUCCUGACUCAUCAUAGUUCACAUAAAAUAAAUGAAAAAUUAAAAAGCUAGCUUAUGAGAAUAUGUGAACGACACCUUCUUUCUUCAUUGCUUGGAAAAGACGUUUAUUUUUCGGAGAGUCGCUCACGUGAAGAAUGUUUGCUCUCUGUGGACGGGUCUUUUGAGUUUGAUUUCUGUACCUGACUUAACAUUCUUUAGAUUCUUCCUAACACGUAAUUUUGGGUUUCGAUUGAGGUGCCGAACCCACAGCCUGGAGAGCGUUUGGACUCCUACUCCCCUCGUAGUGCAAUGCGAAAGCGCCUGUUCUGGAAGCUUCUGCUGCUGCAUACCGAUACGCAACGGUGAAGGAAUUGAAACCAGAGUUUGAAUUUGGGCCGCUAAUCUGGCCAGAGACCAUGCGCUGGAAGGCACCAAGGGUUCAUGUUUAACGAUCGAAUUCAUCAAGUCAUGUACAAAUCUUUUUUGAUUAUCGGAAGUUAUAAAGUAAUUAUGGAGAUAUCUAGAAAACAAUGCAUCUUCCAUCGCCAGAAAAGAAAAUAAUAUUUGAAUAAAGUUUAACUUAUUACUGUAAUAUGUUUUAAUUUGUUAUACUUCAUCUGAAAUGUGAUUUCUAUGUGCAUACGUAUGAAGCAUUGACCGUCAAGUAAAUCUGUUUGUAUCAUUCUGUCAUCACGUCUGUUUCUUUCUCUCCCCGUGUUCCAAAGAGUCAUUGCUCCUUAUCUUCUUGUACUUUUCAUCCUCUCAUUUUUUUCAUCCCUCUUUUUUCCACCACCAUUUCCCCCCGUUUUUGGAAAGCCCAGUCCUCACCCCUGAAGCUUGUUCAGCUAGCGAGUGUUUAUUUUCUCUUCGCAGUAGGUUCAGCAGCUGGGAUUUGUGGCUGUUGUGCUGGAGAGCUUGGGCUUGUAUCCGGGGUAUCAAACUCCAGUCCUGGAGGGCUGCAGUGUCUCCUGGUUUUUGGUGUGUUUCAGCACGAGAGAUACAUUUCAAAGUCUUUAACUGGCUAAAGAGUCCAAGCACCUUGUUCUCCAGGCCUUCAUUGGCUGCUGAUUGAAAGGAAACCACAAAUACCAGCAGACACUGUGGCCCUCCCGGACUGGAGUUUGACACCCCUGGCCUGUAUCAUGAAGCGGCCAAGUAGGUUAGCUGGCAAACAUUGGUACUGAGAUUCUGAUAAUACAAAGGUUGCUCUCCUUUGAUCAAAUUCGCCAUGGUGACUUAUGCUGCAGAGCUAAACUGCUCAGGGGCAGUUUUUCUUCAGGCUAUGUUCUGCACCAUGCAAAGUGACCGACCGCGGAAAGUUCUGCUCAGUGCGGAAAUGGCACAUGUAUCAGCUACUAAAGCUUCCCGUCUAUGCAAUGCAUGAAUGAACCCAUUCUAAAUUAAAUUGGCAAUUGCAUUUAAAGUUAAUUUGAUGUGACAAGACAAGGUGAAAAUGCCAGCUUGCAUUUUCAUUUUAAAGUUAAUGCAGACCUACGGAUUUUACCUGACAGAAAAUUUUUAUGGUAACAUUUUACUUUUCUUUUUCCAUAUACUAACCAACAUGUCACAACCCUGCUAUAAUUAAAAUGCGAGUGGAAGCCAUCAAAUCUGUAGCCUUCUAGCACUACUAACAUGAAUUAAAAUUAAUAGUAGUUUGUUUUCAAUUGUCAAAAGAGAACAAAAUGCAAUUGUAUAAUAUUUUUUAAAUAUGACCAGAUUACUAUUCCAUAGACUUACCUGUUGACGUCGGUGCAGUUUUUAAAAUGGACAAUUACUUUUUUUUUUUUAAAGGAUGAGUUUCCAUGGUUCAUGAUUGAGCAACCGCACCCAAGCCUUUAGUGAGAAAACCUCAAUCCAAAUCACAAAAGAUGUGGAUGCUAAAUGAUCUAACAAAGUUAAAUUCUUAAUUCUUAACUUCCAUCCCUCAAUAUACCUACCAAACUCAUCCAGCGAAAAAAAAGCUCUCGUGCAUAGGCCUACAGCAAACUGGUUCUCUCUGUGCCUAUGUGCGAUUGGCUCAUUGUUACAAACCCCGCCUAUUUUAUGCAAAUGUGCAGAUUGCUUCAGGCUUAGUUCCAGGGUUGGCAGGGAAAGUUUAUAAUGCCCGUUAUCCGGGAUUGCCAUGUUUAGAAUUUGUUGACCCAGCUUUCUUGGAUUUUGCUUGUCUAAGUUGAGAUACUUCCGUGAUACAGGCCCCUGCUCUUCUAGUGAGGCCUACACAGGGAAACAGCAGGAGCCUGCUGGUCCAGUGGGGGCCCUCUCCUGUGCAACAAGCCAAGGACUGUUUUUCACAUAAAGGGCGAGAAAGCAGCUUCUCAUCCCUACUGCUGGGUACCCACUGUGUAAGCUGCUUUCUGUUCAAACCAUAAUAACAAGCUGUGUAAUUAUAUUGAGCUGCUAAUUGUUCUUAAUUUGAUGCUUUUAGUCUACUGAAGGAUGAUUUGCCCCCCUGCAGCCACAUCAUGCCAGAAAUAGCUAUGUACACCCUAAAAAAAUAAUUGUCCCUUAUUCACAUCCCAGGAAUCUGUCAAAUUGUGCUUCUGUUUUUCUGUUCUGUAUGUGCUAUAUGGCAAAGAAUUCCAUUUGAAAGUGAAAUGGAAUUCUUAAUUAAAUAUUUUUGAAACUGACAAGUGAAAUCAGUUGGGUCCUAUUUGCGGAGUCUGGAAAUCGAAAAUCAUCUGUGUAAAGUGAAUGUUUUUUGCACUGUCUAAAUAAAUUCCACCGCGCAA